UAGGCCUCCAACCACUCUUGCCAGUUGCCAUGAAUACUGCUGUUUCCAUUAAUUUGUUUUUAGUGAACCAGUGAAUAGUAGUCACCAUUUUCACACUCAAAGUCAACAGACUCACAAGACUAAUAGUAGUCAUCUCUCUCAUUUGCUGCAUCUUUUGAGUUCGCUCCACCACCAUGUCUGAUAAUAGAGAAAUAAGUGAUGAUCAUGAUCAUGGAUCUCAUGAAGAAAUUAUAGACAUCAAAGCUCUUCUAAAGAUGCUUGUUGAUUCUCAAGCUAAACAAGCUGAAUCUCAAACUAAACUAGCUGAAUCUCACUCCAAAUUAGCCGAGGCCCAAGCUAAACAAGCAGAAUUUCAGAAUAAACAAGCAGAAUCAUUUGCUAGACUAGCAGAAACACAAGCAAACACUCAUCAACAAAUCAUAGAGAUUUUGAAAAGCACUAACACCGCUGCUAAUAAUCAUCAAAAACAACAAGCGAGGAACAGCGAAAAUUCGGAUAAGGGAUCCGAAGCCAAUGAAGCUAAGCAAAAGCAGCCUAAACUUGACAGGGGUCUGCAGGCAUGUUAUGUUCCUGGUUCAAACGACCUGCUAUGCAAAGCGCUAAAGGGAAAUGAGUUGGAGAAGGCUAACGAGUAUAUUAGGAGCAAUCCUGAAGUGAUUAAUCAAGGGAUUGCACAUGACUCAUCUACAACAUUGCAUAUGGCUUUAUACUGGAAGUUAGACAUGACGUUUGUAGAGGAUAUUGUGAAACUCAUGACACCGGUAGCACUCGAAUAUAAGAAGACUAAUGGUAAUACAGCACUUCACAUUGCGGUCCGGCGUGGAACCACUGAAGCUGUUGUGAUGCUGGUAGAUAAGAACCCCAAUUUGACCCAGAUACGUAAUAACAACAGAGAGACACCACUGGAACUUGCUCUUCGUUAUGUUACAGUUGGGCAGAAGAAGAUUGUUGAGUAUCUUUACUCCGUAACAAGAGAUGUAGAGCCUAGUCCGUUCGCUGGUCAUGAUGGUGCUAGGUUAUUAUGCAAGGCAAUUGAUGCUAAUUUCUAUGAUAUAGCUUUGUGUCUUGUCAAAAAGUUUCCGAAAUUGAUUACAGAGAAAUCGCUAGUACACGAAAUGUGUGGAUUAGAGUUGUUGGUUAGAAAACCUAGUGCAUUUCGAAGUGGAACGAAGCUGACAUGGUGGCAAGACCACAUCUAUUCAUUAAUUAAAGUGGACAUGAAUUCUACAUAUGUCAAACAAGAUGAACGACAUACUUGUGAGUCCUCAGAUUGCACCAAAAGAGAUGAAGAGAACUCUUCGGAAAAUCCAGAAAUCAAAAAAUCAGAGGAGAGCUCGAAAGUCUCCUUAACUAGUGAUAAAAGAAUCCUCAUGUCUUACUUAACACGAGUACCUUGUAUUAUAAGAUUAUGCAACCAAAAGUUGGUGCACGAACACGCAAUUGUGUUGCUUAAGCAAAUGGUUGCAGAAAUCCGUAACGCGAACACUUAUGAUGAGAUAAGAUUAUUUUUUCGAAAUAAUCCCAACAUCAUGAAGGUAGCUAUAGAGAAUGGAAUCAUGGAAUUUGUAGUGGAGUGUAUGGAGCGGUUCGAUGACAUUAUUUGGUUGAGGAUAUCGGGUCAAAGAAUGAUAGAAAUGGCCAUUGCAGAACGGAAUUUAAAGGUAAUGAGUUUUAUAUACAAUCGUGGUUACAGUUACGAAGACAAGAUUAGUCUGGUUUCUACAACAGAUUAUGACCAUAACACCAUCUUGCAUUAUGCCGCUAAGUUGGCGCCCGCUGCUAAACUCAAUAAGGUUUCAGGUGUAGCCCUUCAGAUGCAACGAGAAUUGCAGUGGUUUAAGGGGGUGGAAAGUAUGAUGCCGGAAAAUGACAAGUUCAAGAAAAAUAGGAAAGGUUAUACAGCUCAAUCUAUGUUUACAGAAGAACACAAACAACUGGUUAAAGAAGGAGAGGCUUGGAUGAAGGAUACCUCUGGAUCAUGUAUGAUAGUCACCGCUCUUAUCGCUACAGUUGCAUUUGCAGCUGCUUUUACUGUUCCAGGAGGUAAUAUCAGUGACAGUAAUAGCAGUAUGAACGGCAGCCCAGUUUUCUUGGGAAGGACUUCAUUUACAGUAUUUAUGGUAGCAGAUGCUUUAGCUUUAUUCGCCUCCAUCACCUCAGUACUGAUGUUUUUAGCUAUAUAUACCUCUCGAUAUGCUGAGAUAGAUUUUCUCGAGUCUCUGCCACAAAAGUUAAUUAUUGGUCUUGCGACUCUCUUUAUAUCUAUGGCGGCAAUUAUGGUAACUUUUUGUGCAUCACUAUUUAUUGUGGUUGGAGAAACGUUUCCGCAGCGUCUAAUACCUGUAGCAUUGUUUGGUUGUGUUCCUAUGGUUUUGUUUGCAUGGCUGCAAUUACCAUUGUUUUUUGAGAUGAUCCGUUCUACAUAUUGGAGCAGCCUCUUUCAAAAACACAUACAUAUCGUCGAUCCUGCAGCUGAGAACAACAGCAAAAAGAAAGAGAAUAUAGUAACCAAAUUCAAAAAGUUUAUUAGAUGGUUUUGGUCACAGUGAGAUAAAGUCUAUCAGCCUUCAAUAAUUACAUAUUUAUUGGUUGUUUAUUUAGUCGGAAUGAAGGUGUAAUGAACAGAAUUAUGUUUUGCUCAUUUCUGUUUUUAAUAGGUGCUAGUUAACCAGGAUACACUUUUUUAAUGCAUAACAUUGGAUGUUUCAGUGGAGUUGCCUAUUUUAUUUGUAAAAAACAAGUAAUUACAGCGUCAUACUUGGAAUUUGUCGAAUCUUUGUUAUCAGUAAUUGGAAAUCUUCAUGAGUCUUGAAAAUGUUCGAGCUCAGUUGAACUUUACGGGUUAAAGCAAAAAAAGAUAGUGCUGUAAAUGAUUCCGAUCUUGGUGAUGUAGUAAAGUCGACGCAAUCAUUUUGCCCGAAAGGUUUCAACCUUCCAGGGUGCAGGCAGGUCCCUAUACACAGUUGGCAUGAUGGCUGCUAAACCCAAUGUAGCACUCACAAGUUGCAUAUCUUAACGUUCUUCAAGGAACUCAGACAUAAAGGAUGUUGAUAUAGAGUGCUUUAUAAUGGGUAGGGUUCGUGGCAGUGAAGAUGCUGAGCUUGAAAAGGAUCUUCUUCAGAUAUGGAGCUCGAUGGAUCCUAAGAUGAGACUGAUCUUCAUAAAGGCAAUACUUCUGUGUGCACUUACUCCGAUGCUCUAAAUGAGGUUCUAUAUAGUCUACUACUUCUACUCUGAAGAAAAGUUUUUCCCGUGCGAAUGCACAACCAUCUAAAAAAAAUUAUGAGUGAUUGCAGGCACACAUCACCAUCCACAAAUGUGGAAAUGGAGGGCGAGGAAUUAACACUAGUUGAUGUCAACUUAGCGACAAAGACCCUCCUUAACUUUUUCUGUUCUCAACAGGGUGUUCCUGGACUUGAUUCCAACUUGCUUAGUCUCAUGGGUCUUCAACUCCCUCAACCAGAACCAGAACUCAACAAGUGUUGUAGCCUUAGGUUACAGUAAAAUGACACUCUUAUUCAGCUUUUAUGCCCAAUUUUUUGUGAAUGUAAAACCUCGAGACAACACCUGCUAUGUGCGGUAAACCAAAAUUCUGGCAAACUUAUCGGCGUUCAGCUUCUGUUUAAUCUUAGUUUCUACUUGCAUA